CGGCCCGGUGCUGCCCCGCCCGGUCCCGCCGCCUGCCGCGCAGCUCAGCGCGGGCUCCCCACGCCAUGGACCCUCCCGAGGAGGUGCGGGCGCAGCUGGAGCGGUGCGGACAGGGCCAUCUGCUGCGGUUCUGGGCCGAGCUGGACACGGCGCAGCGCGGAGCGCUGCUGGCGGCACUGUCGCCGGGGCUGGGCGAGCACUGCCGGCAAGCGGCGGCGGCCGGGGCGCGCCAGCGCGGCCCGCACGAGCGCCUGGACGGCCGGAUGGAGCCGCUCCCCACCGAGCUGCUGGGCAGCGCCCGCCGCAGCAGCCCCACCGCACUGCAGCGCUGGGAGGCGGAAGGUAUACAUCAGAUUUCACAGAACAAGGUGGCAGUGCUACUCCUGGCUGGAGGACAAGGAACCCGCUUGGGAGUCAGCUAUCCCAAGGGCAUGUACAACGUGGGGUUGCCCAGUGGCAAGAACUUGUAUCAGAUCCAAGCAGAAAGAAUCCGCAAAGUAGAGCAGCUUGCUGGCAAGAGACACCACUGCAAGUGUAUCAUUCCCUGGUAUAUCAUGACAAGUGAGUUCACACUGGGGCCAACAGAAGAGUUUUUUGUACAACACAACUACUUCAACUUGGACAGAUGCAACGUUGUCAUGUUUGAACAGAGGAUGCUGCCUGCUGUCACCUUUGAUGGGAAGGCUAUCUUGGAGGAGAAGGGGAAAAUUGCCAUGGCUCCAGAUGGCAAUGGUGGCUUAUACCGUGCUUUGAUGGAUAAUAAGAUCUUGAAUGAUAUGAAGCAGCGUGGAAUCCAGUAUGUCCAUGUAUAUUGUGUGGACAACAUCCUUGUGAAAAUGGCAGAUCCAGUCUUCAUAGGUUUCUGUAUUUCCAAAGGGGCAGACUGCGGUGCAAAGGUAGUGGAGAAGGCCUACCCCACGGAACCUGUUGGGGUGGUGUGCUGUGUGGAUGGGGUGUACCAGGUGGUGGAGUACAGCGAGAUCAGCCUGGAGACUGCACAGCAGCAGCGCCCUGAGGGGGGACUGGUGUUCAGUGCUGGCAACAUCUGUAACCACUUCUUCACUGUUGAGUUCCUGGAAAAAGUGGCCCAGAAAUGGGAGUCACAGCUGAAGCAUCAUGUAGCCAUAAAGAAGGUGCCCUACAUUGACAAGGAGGGAAAUCUGGUAAAACCACUAAAACCGAACGGGAUAAAGCUGGAGAAGUUUGUGUUUGAUGUGUUCCAGUUCUCUAAGAAUUUUGUGGCAUUUGAAGUUCUGAGAGAAGAGGAAUUCUCACCACUAAAAAAUGCAGACACAGCUGACAAAGAUACUCCUACCACUGCUCGGCAAGCCCUCCUGGCCCAGCAUUACCGCUGGGCUCUCAAGGCUGGAGCCAGAUUUGUGGAUGAAAAUGGUUGCAGGAUACCAGAAAAACUCAGGUCCUCUCUGGAUGUGCAGGUUGAUAUCUACACUUCUUGCUCCUCUUACGACUGUGGGUGCUCCAGUCUCUCAGGAACUGAAGAUCCUCCGGCUGUGUGUGAGAUUUCUCCAUUAGUGUCUUACUUUGGAGAGGUGAGAAUAGCUAUCUGUGGAGGCAUUUUUAAGAGUGUGCAGGGUCUGGAAGUGUACAUGAAGAACAAAGAGUUCCCUUCUCCCUUUGUACUCGAUGAAAACAAAGUGGAAAUGCUGGAAAAUUCUUGAAGUGGGAAGCCUUUCCUUCUCAAAUUAGAUCCAUGUUUGUCAGAUCCAUUAUAAGAACUGACAGUUCUAAAAUCUCAAUGAGGUGCAUUAUAAAAAAAUUGCUUUUGUGGCUUAACACUUUCUGGGUGCUAAACAGAUCCUACAUUUCUUAUUUACUGUUGCAUAUGAAUACGGAAAAGAGCCAGUCAAGGCCUGAUAAAUCAGCUUUGCCUUCAAGAAGAUUCAGUUUCUUCAGUGCCUUGUUAGGUGUCUUGUUUGUGUUGGUGUGGUUUUUUUGGUUUGGUUUUGUUUCUAUAUCAUGUGCACAGUUGGAGUCAGACUGAGAUCCCAUCCUGAAAAGUAUGGAAGGACUUUGGAUACUGAGGUUUUCUCUCCAGUGGUCAGUUUUUUCCCUAAUCAUGUGCUGAUUUGAAGAUCCAAUUCAGCAAUUGAAUCCUCUAAGCAGAUCAUACAGAGUCUGCUGUAUGGAGGGAUGUUGCUGUGCCUAAGCAUUGCUUGAGGCUUGGAGUCCAAAGUAGAACAGACUAGUUUUGUAUCUAGGCUCAUUGGUGCCAUGCUUAGACUGAUUGCUCCUUACAGUUGUAGUGACUUGGGUUUUUUUAAUUAAAAACAAAAAAAUUUUCACGACCCUCUGCCCUUCCUGACUAUAACAGUUUUCCUUUCCAUUUCCUGUUUAAUAUAUACCAUAUCCCUCAGACAAGGUUCUCUUGGGGUACCUGAAAGUAGUAAAAGAAACAAAUCCCAGUGGUAGAAUUUAAUGCCUAACCAAAACAAAACAAAAAAGACUCAGCAUCAGCAGGGUACACAGUAAAACACCAGCCUCCGCUUCUACAGUUUUUCUCCAGGUGAUUUUCCAGCACUCUUUCACUUAGGAAGUAAUUCCAUAGAUGCCUUUCUUUUAGAUAUGUUACUAACCACAAUGUAAAGUGUCAGCUAAUGAAGGACACUAAUUGUCAGAACAUAUGUAGCAUGUGAACUCAGCCCUGGCCAGGGGGCCUCAGGGUAACUCUGACCCUUAAGCCGCCAGUGAUUCUUCAUGUUCAGUUUUUGGACACUGCCCCAGAAAGCUCAUGCCCUUUGGAUGCAGAACCUGUGCUGAGCAUACCUGACUCAGUAUGUUUCAGCCUUGGUGAGGAUGUGUCAGCUGCACUCUCUGGUGGCUGGCCUUGGCCUCAGAAAUGUUCCAUACUCUUCCCCUAAACGUGGUGUUAGGGAAGGUAGCAAGAAGGACAUUUCAUCUGAAAUGUUAUUUCAUGCAUCAGCUUCUAUUGAGGAAUUGCUUAUGUUAUUUCAUUAAGCAUAAUAAGUUCCAUGGCUUUCUGCCAUUUCUGAUGUGAAGCUCUAUUCAGAAUAAUAGAGAAGGGAAUGGGGAAGUAUAAAAAUGACUUUGAGAGUAAAUACAGUUUCUAAGUAUGCUCAAGUUUUCCAAAGAAAGCAUCUAAAUGUCAUUAUCAGAGUUUUUGGUUGUGAAGUGUUUCUGCAUGAACUUGAGUAAUGAUCCUUUCACACAUGCAGACCAGCUAAUGACUGGUUCUGAUUACCUCAGUUGGCAUGUGCAGCCGGUAAUUCACAUUUUUAGUAUAAAUGAAGCAUUUGUCCUUGUCACCCAAUUCUGUAGUCUUUUUGCAGUGUUUCUAUGACACAUUCCAUUCCUGUCAGUCAAGUUUUAUAUCUGAGAACAUAUUGUGUUGUAUAUUUGUAUUGCUCAGAAGUUCAAGAACAUGCUUCUUUUAUACUCUGCUGUGCUAUAAAGAAAUAUUUCUUUCCUUUUUCUAAAGUUCUUUCUCUUUUGAAGCUUCAGUUUCCAUGCACACAGAACAGAGCUGCUGACAUGGUUUUCAAAAAGUUAAAUUAAAAUGCUAAAUGUCUUGUCUUUUGGUUUUUUUAUUUUCUGUGACUCUUCACUUUAAACUGGAACAUAGAAACAAUUUUGAGAGAACUUUAACAAAAAAAAAAAUCUGUCCUGUACGUAACAGUCUUUGUGCACAUUAUAAAAUGAAAAAAAGUACCUGAAACAAAGGGAACACCUGUACUACUCCAGAAACUUCUGGACAUCUAAGCAUUUUUAACAAUAAAGAUGUUACUGUGAUUUA